UCAUGAAUAACUCACCACAGAAAAUCCUCCUUCUUCCAUUUCUCCGAGACAGUGAGAUCCUCAGUCCUCAAAAUCUCGCUGGUUGUCUUGUAGGAUCGGUUUGAAGAAGGAUAUUUCUCAUUCUCCUCGACUCCUAAGCGUUUCGUUUACUGUUGAUAUCUUCUUGUCUGCAAUUUAUCUCUGUCUGCUCUUUUAUCUCUGUUUUCUCCCCCGCUAAUUCAAAAUCCUAUUUGAGAAUCACAUCCGUGAGCAACUGAGCAUGGGAGAUGUGAAGACCUGGAUUGUAACCUAUACGAAGCACAUCAAGCAGAAGAGGAAAGUAUAUCAAGACGGUGUUUUAGAGAGUCACGGCUCCACCAACAAGGUUAUGCUUUAUGAUGAUAGUGGGAAACUCCUAGAAUGUAAGUUGCUGAAGGAGGAAGUUGUUGGAUCUGGUGAAACACUAGCAUUUGAUUCCUAUCUUGUUGACAUUGGUGAUCCCAAAGGAAGCCAUGAGCAUGUAACAAACUUAAACACUCAAGAAAGAACUAGGAGAUCGAGUGGAACCAAUAGGAUUAUGCAUGGACAGAAGGCCAGAAAUAUUCAUACCUUUGUUGAAAAGAGGACCGAUGUUGGAAACACUGGAGCCCCACAGGAUCGUCCAAAUGUGACAAAAAGCAUUACCAGAGAAUGGCAUGCCCUGUACACUACACAGAUAACUCAAAAAGCUAAGAAGUAUCAUGACGGAUUCCUGCGGCUUUCUAUUUGUGGUUCCCAAGGGAGGCAGGUUAUGCUAUAUGAUGGAAGCAGGAAACUCUUAGAUUCUAGGUUCUUGAAGAAGGACGAAGCGAUAGGACCUGGUGAAACACUAUCAUUUGAUGCCCAUCUGGUGGACAUUGGAGAUCCGGAAGGAAAUCAUAGUGCUCUAAAGGAUCUCAAUUAUAAAGGAGAAGAUACCAAAGUGAUCGAUUUGACCGGGAUAACACAUGAACAAAAGGCUAGACAUUGUACUUCUGUUGAGCAUGGGAACAAGGAACGAAAGAACUCUGGAUCACUGCAAAGUCCUGCUAAUGCUCCACAAACUUCUGUGAAAGAGUGGAAUGCCUUGUACACCACACAAAUAACUCAAAAGGCCAAGAAAUUCCAUGAUGGAAUCCUUCAGCUUGAUUUUUGCAGUCCCCGUGGGAAGCAGGUUAUUUUGCUGGAUGAGGAUGGAACAAAGCUGACUAAUAAGUACAUUAAAUUCUCAGAAGAUGUGAGAACUGGAAGUACUCUUGAACUAACAAAAUACCUGGUUGAGAUUGGUGAACCACGAGAACUUCAGGGAGGUAUAAUUCUGUACAAAAGAAUGCUUCUUCAGGGGAAGGUGUACGUUCGAAUUCCAGCAGCUACAUUGCCGAUAACCUUGGGAUCUCUAGAAGCACACUAUUACGUGAUGCUGAGCAGAUCUUGUCCAUUCUCAAGAAGCCAUUGGCUCAGGAGAGUGUUGUGCAUACCAGACAGGUACCAGUGGAGCCGUCUCAUUCUUCACAUCCUUUAUACUCAGUUCAAUCUGGCACUCAGGAUCAACUGCCAGCCGGAAGUUCCCAAGGGGCAAAAUAUUUUGAGAGAAAUGAAGCGGAUGAUCAUGAAUAUGAUAAUAAAAAUUUGAAUGGAGCAAGAACUGCCUCCUUUAAUACCUGCAGAAGUGAGAUCUUAGAAUCCAAGGUGGCUCAGGAUGAUCUUGUGGUUGACAUCACCAAUUUGAUGGAUCAUAACCAUAGGAUAUCUACUUUUGCUUGCUCCCCUGGAGCAGCAGCAUCCAACAUUUCGUCCAAGCCCGGUUUGGGGUACACUGAUAAGAGAAUAAUCAAAACAGCUCAAUCCAUUGCAGAGCCUCAAGCUUCAGAUGCUAUUAUACUGGAUUUGCCUGAUGAGAACCUACCA